AUGGCCAACUAUACUCAGUGGCUGCAAAAGAUUGAGAGCUACAUCAAAGAGAGCAUGAAGACAGAGAUGGUCCAGCUGCAGCAGAGCGCGGUACACAACCACACGGCGGCCAUGUUGGAAAUGGGCACCAAUCUUCUCUCGCAAACAGCGGAACAGACGCGCAAACUCACCGAUGUGGAAACACAGGUCUUGAACCAGACAUCAAGACUUGAAAUCCAACUGCUGGAAAACUCUCUGUCCACCAACAAACUGGAGAAAGAGCUGAUGCUGCAGACCAACGAGAUCAGCAAACUCCACGACAAAAACAGUCUGUUGGAGCAGAAGAUGUUGGAGAUGGAGGACCGACACCGCGAGGAGCUGGACUCUCUGAAGCAGGAGAAGGGCAGUCUGCAGACGCUGGUGGGCAGACAGAGCGGUGUGAUCCGAGAGCUCGAGACUCAGCUCAGCAAAGCCACCGGCAACAGCAGCGCCCUCCAGAGGCAGCAGCAGGAAAUGAUGGACACCGUGCACAACCUGAUCAACCUCUGCUCCAAGGACGGGGUUGUCCCCAAUAGCACAAAGUCGGUGGAGGAGGAGAAGAGGUUCCGGGACUGUGCGGAUCUGUAUCAGAGCGGAGUGAGAAAGAACGGCGUGUACACCCUCCAACCCACGCCACAGGAAAACAAGAAGGUCUACUGUAACAUGGAAGCAGCUGGAGGAGGAUGGACCGUGAUCCAACGGCGAGAAGACGGAAGCGUGGACUUUCAGCGGACGUGGAAGGAGUACAAAAUGGGCUUCGGCAGCGUGUCCGGGGAGCACUGGCUGGGGAACGAGUUUGUCUACCAGCUGACGGCGCAGAGACAGUACGCCCUCAGAGUGGAGCUCACGGACUGGGACGGGCACCAGGCCUUCUCCCUCUACGACCGCUUCCAGAUCGGCAGCGAGAAGCAGAAUUACAGGCUGUUCCUCAAAAGCCACAGUGGGACCGCGGGCCGGCAGAGCAGCCUGGUGAUCCACGGAGCAGACUUCAGCACCAAGGACAUGGACAACGACAACUGCAUGUGCAAGUGUGCGCUCAUGCUAACCGGAGGUUGGUGGUUCGACGCCUGUGGUCCGUCCAACCUGAAUGGCGUGUACUUCCCUCACGGUCAGCACAUCGGGAAACUCAACGGCAUCAAGUGGCACUACUUCAAAGGCCCCAGUUACUCCCUGAGAGCGACGGCCAUGAUGCUGCGACCCAUGGACUUCCUCUAG